AUAGACUAUAAUACGUCUUUGACGUCCUACGAACGACUAACUUGCUCACAACGACGACACCAUACACUCACAAUAGUACAGUGAAACAUGUCCACGGCCGCGCCAACCGGUCCGGAUGAUUCGUCGACCCAGACGCUGCUCUCCUCGUUCGCGAUGAUCAUAUUCUCGGAAAUCGGCGACAAAACGUUCCUCAUCGCCGCCAUCCUCGCCAUGCGCCACCCCCGCAUGGCCGUCUUCGCAGGUGCCUUCCUCUCCCUCGCCCUCAUGUCCGUUCUGUCUGCGGCUCUCGGCCACAUACUGCCCACGCUCGUCCCGAAAGCGUGGACGCAACUCAGCGCGGCCGCGUUGUUCUUCGUGUUCGGCUGGAAGAUGCUGAAGGAGGGAAGGGAGAUGCAGGCGGGGAGCGGGAAGAUCGAGGAGGAGAUGCGUGAGGCGGAGGAGGAGAUCGAGGAUUUCGACGCGAAGAUGGAUGGGACCGGUGCAGUGAGGGAGAACGGAGAAGUCAUCCCACUGGAGACGCUCGAAGAAGGUGGCGGCAACCACGCGAACGGGCACGCGACGCCCAAGAAGAGUGGCGGAAUCGUGGACGGCGCACGGAACUUGUGCAGCUUCUUGUUCGGACCGGUGCUGGUGCAAGCGUUCGUGCUCACCUUCCUUGGCGAGUGGGGCGACCGGAGUCAAAUCGCGACGAUUGCACUGGGCGCAGCGCAUAAUGUAUGGUUAGUGUCGUUCGGAACGAUCGUCGGCCAUUCGUGUUGUACUGCGCUCGCCGUUCUCGGCGGUCGCUACGUUUCAACGAAGAUUUCCGUCAAACAUGUCACUCUCGGCGGAGCAGUGCUCUUCCUCCUCUUCGGCCUUAUAUACCUCUACGAGGCCUUCCGAAGCUGGACAGCUGACAUCGACGGCGCGCACCAACUGCCAGGUGGGCUUGACGACGCGCCGCAUGUGAUCAUGGACCCUGCAGGGGGGCUCGGCGUCGGGCGAUGACUUCGUCGUGGCAUUCUUCAAUAGACAGGCGAACAAACGGAUCUCGGAAAAGUAUAAUGCCAAUACGCACAUAUUUAUAUAUAUCCCACACUACGCAGAGCGUGUCUUGACUUUGUCGAUUUGAACAGCGUGUAACUUAUCAACUC